AUGGCCGGAAACACUCAGGCUAUCGCUCAGCUCCUGCAGCAGAGUCUGGAUCCUCGUCACGCCAAAGAAGCCGAGGCCGCCAUUAAGCAACAAGAGGGCACGCCAGGCUUCUCGAUUGCCUUACUCCACAUCGUCGCCGAUGCCUCCAUACCCCAGACUUCGAGACUCGCCGCCGCCCUCUACUUCAAGAACUUCGUUAGGCGCAACUGGACCGACGUGGAAGGCAACUAUAAGCUGCCGCAAAAUGAGGUCGUCACGGUCAAGCAGGAGCUCAUUGGCCUCAUGAUCUCUCAGCCGCCGUCCAUACAGCCUCAGCUCGGCGAAGCCAUCAGCACAAUUGCCGAAAGUGAUUUUUACGAGCGGUGGGAGAGCCUUGUUGACGAUCUCGUGUCGCGCUUGACGGCCGACAACCCUGUCACCAACAACGGCGUGCUACAGGUCGCCCACUCGGUCUUCAAGCGCUGGAGGCCGCUUUUCAGGUCCGACGACCUCUACACCGAGAUCAACUUCGUGCUGGGCAAGUUUGCCGACCCCUUCCUCCAGCUCUUCCAGAACACCGAUGCGCAAAUUACCGCCAAUGCAGGCAACAAGGAAGCUCUGCAGAGCUGGGUCGCUUCCCUGAACCUUAUUCUCAAGCUCGUCGUCGAUCUCUCUUGCCAGGACCUGCCCCCGCAGUUUGACGAAAAUAUCAAGGGCCUGAGUGGGCUCCUCCACAAGUACCUUACCUACGACAACCCCGCGCUACACACCGAUGAUGACACAGAGGCUGGCCCUCUCGAGUUUGUCAAGGCUGGCAUUUUCGAGGUCUUGAUUCUCUACACCCAGAAGUACGAGGAUGAGUUUGGACAGUACCUUGGAAGCUUCAUUGAGAGCUCUUGGAGCCUCCUGACCAACAUUGGCGCCGAGACAAAGUACGAUAUCCUUGUCAGCAAGGCAUUGCAGUUCCUGACCUCGGUCACCUCCAACAACGCGCAUGCUCAGCUUUUCAACAAUGAGGCAACCCUCAACCAGGUGGUCGAGAAGGUCAUCCUGCCCAACCUGUCCCUUCGCGAAUCCGACGUUGAGAUGUUCGAAGAUGAGCCCAUUGAGUUCAUUCGUAGGGAUCUGGAGGGCUCGGACAGCGAUACCAGGAGACGUGCUGCUACCGACUUCCUGCGCCAGUUGAUGACCCAGUUCGAGGGUUUGGUGACGGGCGUUGUGAACCAGUACAUUGACAGGUACCUCCAACACUACGCGCAGAACAAGGCGGAAAACUGGAAAUCCAAGGAUACGGCCGUCUACCUCUUCUGCUCCAUCGCUGCCAAGGGAACUUCUACCGCCCAGUUUGGUGUGAAGACCGUCAACUCUCAUGUCAACAUUCUGGACUUUUUCCAGAGGAACAUCGCAGAGGACCUUACUGGUGACAGCGUCGAGCCCAUCCUCAAGGUCGACGCUAUCAAGUACGUCUAUCUCUUCCGUAGUCAGCUCACCCAGGAGUACUGGCAAGCCGCUUUCCCCCUCCUUGUCAGACAUCUCGGCGUUUCCAACUUUGUCAUCUACUCUUACGCUGCUAUUGCGGUUGAGAGGGCGCUGUAUCUCACUGGCGAUAACCGGCAACCGGUUAUCCCGAGGGACACUGUUGCACCCUUGGCAAAGGAUCUGCUGGUACACCUCUUCGGUCUGAUCCAGAAAGAGUCGGCUCCGGAAAAGAUCCAGGAGAACGAGUUCUUGAUGAAGUGCGUUAUGAGAGUUCUCAUCGUCAUCAAGGAAGGUGUUCUGCCUAUCGCAGAUGCCGUUCUCAAGAACUUCAUCAACAUCACCAUGGUCAUUCGCCACAACCCGAGCAACCCUCGCUUCUACUACUACCAUUUCGAGGGUAUCGGUGCACUCAUCAGGGGUGCAGCGCCUUCGGAGCCUCAGAAGCUGGAGCAAGCCCUCUACGAUCCUUUCUCGACGAUUCUCCGUACCGAGGUUGAGGAAUUUACGCCUUACGUUUUCCAGCUUUUCGCAGCUCUGCUCGAGUCAAACCCCUCUGGUGUCCUGCCCGAGUACUAUAAGUCGCUGAUUCCUCCGCUCUUGAUGCCCGUUGUUUGGGAGAACAAGGGUAACAUCCCGGCGCUGGUCCGCCUGCUGUCCGCCAUGGUCAGCCGUGACCCCGGUAGCAUCGUCCAGAACAACCAGCUCGAGCCCAUGCUUGGUAUUUUCCAGAAGCUCGUGUCCACCAAGACGAACGAGGCUCAUGGCUUCGAUCUGCUGGAGGCUAUUGUGGCUGCAGUUCCAGCCGAUAACCUGAAGCAGUACUUCGUGCCCAUGCUCACCAUCAUGCUCACACGGUUGUCGAACUCAAAGACCGAGACUUUCGCUUCUCGCUUUGUGCGCUUCUACCACUUUGUUGCUGCGCGUGAUGACAAGGGCCUGGGCUCGGACUUCUUCAUCGGCGCUGCCGACAGUGUCCAGCAAGACGUGUUCCGCCCUAUCUAUCCUCAAAUCAUCCUGCCUGACACUCAAAAGCUCACGCGUCCCUUCGACCGCAAGACGGCCGUUGUCUCCCUCACCAAAACCCUCACCGACGGUCAGGCCUUCGUCGAGCGCUACAAGAAGGGAUGGGCUCUCACCUGUGAGGCUCUCCUCAAGCUCCUCAUCAACCCGCCCGUCGCACCCAGCAGCGACGACAUCAUCCCGGAGCAGGACGUCGACGACCUGGGCUUCGGCGUCGGCUUCACGCAGCUCAACACGUGCCGCAAGGCCGCCGUCGACCCUUUCCCAGAGAUCACCGAUGUCAAGAGAUGGGUUGGUGAGUACCUGAGGCAGGCCGACCAGAGGAACGGUGGCAGGGUGAGCGCGUUUGUGCAGGAGAGGUUGAGCGCCGAGGCUAAGCAGGCGUUGAUGGCGACUAUGCAGGGUUAG